AUGCAGCAAUGCUCCUCAGGCUCUGUGAACAAAGACAACCCAGGAAGUAAUACAAGCAAGUGUUCGAGCCCUUCACAGAAGCCGUGCACAAGCGCAAAAACUUCCAAGACGCAACAGCCUUUCUCUGGGUUUUAUGUAAAUAGAACUGGUUUUCCAAUCCAAGACUUUGUUUGGGAAAGAAUGUGGCAGCAUGUGAAAAGUGUUCAUCCGGAUGGCUCGAGCAUGGCUCAAAACAUUCGUGGUAAUAAACGUUUACCCGUAGUGGCUGUACCAAGCUUGUCAUCUUUAACUUGCGAGAUCGAUAUUACAGUAAAGUUGAAGUUGAUUCAAAAUUAUCUCUCCGAGCUUAAAUACAAUCAUACUGGCACUCAAUUUUUUGAGAUAAGAAAAGAUAGACCAAUGCAUGGCCUAAUGGAAACAGCUAAAGAAAUGAUCAGGGAGUCGUUACCAAUCAAAUGCCUUGAAGCAACUAUCUUAGCACUUUAUCUUAGUAAUGGCUUACAUGAUGUCAAAAGAUUUGCUAUCGGAUUCAAGACACAGGUCAAUUCUUCAUGGUUAAGUCAUGUUGUACUCGGAGUGUUCUAUAAUGGGAAAUUUGGGGCACUUGGCUUGAGCAGAAGAGAUGAUCUUAUGUACAAACCACUGGAAUUCACAUCGUUGUUUAAUCUUAUUGAAAACUAUAAAACAUGUUACCACAGAUAUUUUCAUACUUUAAAGAAGGUUAAAAUCAGUAAUUGUAUACCACACGAUCUACAUAGCUGCGAGAAAAUUAACUGGAAAUAUUUAACGAUCAGUAUGGAAAAACUUUCAACUGAACAACGUAUCGUGAAUCUUGAUAAAUUUUCACGAGAACUAAAAACAACUAUACAUUCACCACGUAAUUAAAACAGAUAAU